AUGUCGGAAGCGAUUUCGGUGAGGGUUGGACUUUUGGCGAAUGAGCGUUGCAUCAUUGUCCGCAUCCUUAUCGAUAAAACCUGCUCGGAUUCCGUCUCCUUCCCUCCCUCCACCCGCACUGCCGUCACUCCACUCACACAAACCAUCUAUGAAUUCGCAAACCUACAGAUGACCGCCGGCCUAAUGCGGUGCAUUCCGCCUUCAAGGCUUGCGCGCGUACACAGGCUUCCUUCUCGAGCGCCACCCGCCGCCAUCCCGACUACCUUCCGUCACAGCAUCCGCGGUUUCGCAAAAGUACAAAGGCUCGAAGGUACAGAGACAGAAGAAUGGUUCAGCGCAUCAACGCCUAGCCCGCUGCCACCGGAGCACAAGGGUGAGGGCGGCAAGCCUCCAGAUGAACGGACUCUGAAGCUUGGGAAGACAAUACGAACCCUUCACGAGCGCCUACCAACCCUCCUAGCAUCUCCGCUACCGCAGGAGAUACUAUCGCCGCACAUCACACUCCAUCUGUUUCCCUCCACGCACCCUCAUUUGCCCACCGUCAGCGGCCGAAUUGCAUACACGGCAGCACUAUGGACGGCGCCGGUGGCUUGGGGACGAGUUCCAGUGGUCGGGAAUGUCAGGCUUGAGAUAUUGUCAGAACGCAUGAUGCGCAACGGCUGCGAUAGCUCGUCUGGCAAGGCGCACGAAAAGCUGAUUGUCAAGUGGAAGACAUGUGGCAAGACAAAAGGUAAAGGCGUCGGCGCCUUCUACCGUGGAAUCUCUGGUAGUGAGCAGGUUGACAAGAUUACAGAAUUUCUGGGCGGUGAUGCAAAGGAUGAUGAAGAGUUCGUCGGGCUGUUCAAGUUCGAGUUUGAUGAGGAGGGCCGCAUUCUCACGCACACGAUAGAGCACGCCGAAGAGGGCGGUAACUGGGACAAGAUGACGCGCGUCAUAAGCGUCACGGAUUGGUUGCUGGGCAAGGCAUGGGGAGCGAAGCAGCCUGCGGGUCUGGCAUUGGGGUUUUGCAAGAACGAGGACUCAUACAAAAGGCCGCCCCACCACCGGCACGUACAAUACUGA